AUGUCUUCUGUCAUAAAAAAUGUCACUUAUAUUUGUUCAAAAGAAAGUUGGGGAGAUGAAGACUGGCAAAAAAUUGGCGUAUUAAUAGUGUCAGAUAGUCGUAAUAAAAUCAAUAAACAGAUACUAAAUAUCUUGAGUGCUAUGGGCUGUUACCAAGAUGGAAUUAUGCAAGAUUGUGUCAAAAAAAGAGCUGUUACUGCACAUCUUUUCGAAUAUACUACACAAUUAAUGGUCAAUAAUGAUUUUAAUGUCAAAGGAAAAGACUAUAGUAUCCCACCAGUACAGAUUAUGUUUUGUUUAGAAGAAAUAAAUGCAAAAAAAUUAAAUACUCAUCGUUGGUCUUUCAAUGCUUUUGCUCCUCUUUUGAGCCCAAAUAUUUGUAUUUUAUUUGAUAUGGGCACAAAACCUUCGCAAAUCUCAAUUUAUCACUUGUGGAAAGAGAAUACUCCAAAUCUUGCUUUUAAUAGUGAUCCUCAUGUUGGUGGUGCUUGUGGAGAAAUUAAAGUAGACCUUGAUCAUAAAUGUAGAAACCUUCUUAAUCCUUUAAUUACUUCUCAAAAUUUUAAAUAUAAAAUAUCUAAUAUCUUAGACAAACCAUCUGAGUCUGUUUUUGGCUACAUCUCAGUAUUACUAGGCACUUUCUCCGCAUACAGGAAUAAAGCAAUAAUAAAUGGACCAUUAGAAUCAUACUUUAAAGGUGAGACUAUGCAUGGGUUAGAUGCUACUAAGACUGGUAUAUUUGAAGCAAACAUGUACCUGGCAGAAGAUCAUAUUUUAAGUUUUGAGCUUUCAGCUAAAGCAGAAACUGAUGUCCCAGACAAUGUGCCUGAAUUUAUUUCCCAACGUUGUCGCUGGUUGAAUAGAUCUUUCUUUACUGCUUUCUAUUCUAUUUCCAAAUUUAAUCAUAUUUGGAGAUCUGGACAACCAUUUUUUCGCAAAAUAUUAUUACAAAUACAAUUUGUUUAUAAUGGUAUACAAUUAAUCUUCAACUGGUUCUCUUUAUUCACCACUUUAAAUCCUGCAAUUAAUCCUUUCAAAGGCCAUGGAGAUAAUUUAUUUGAUACUGCACAAUCGUUGUAUUUAAUAAUUAUUGUAAUAAUUUUUAUUUGUUCAAUGGCAAUACCACCAAUAGAUUUUAAAAACCUUUCGAAUAUUCAAGAAACUUUAAGGAAUGCAGCAUUCCUGUACAAAGGAGAUAAUAUUAAUAUUGGAAAUCUGAGCAGAGUACUGCUAACUGAAGAAGAUCCAAAAUCCGUUAAAAUUAAUAUAAUUGAAGAAGGUGAGGAUAAAAAUGCUGCAUACGAAAAUAUUAUCCAGGAGUUAAAAAAUAAAGAUCAUGAAGAGAAAAAACACCGCAAUGACAUUAUAAAGAAAGAUGAUUAUUAUAGAUUGUUUAGAACAAAUUUUGUUCUUUCAUAA